AUGUCGAAAUCGUGUGCAGUUAUCGUUGGUGAUAUUGGUGGCACGAAUGCACGUGUGCAAUUUCUAUGGUAUAAUCGAGAUCAAAAGUCAUUGACACCAUCGAUUUCGCUUAUAACUCGACAAACCUAUCGGACAAAUACAUUUACAGGUCUUAGUAAGAUAUUGGAACGAUUUUUAAACGAUAUUUUAAAUGAAGAAUAUCAACAGGAGGAGAUUCACAAUGCUGUUUUAGACAAAAAUAUACGUGUAGUUUUGGCGGUAUGUGGUCCGAUUUGGAAUAAUCGUCGAAGUAACGAUGCAAACAAUGUCCGAAUGGAACCGGAUGGUUCAGGAUGGGCAACGCAGCAUGCUGAAGAAAUUGAGAAUUUUUUGAAACUCAAAGCGAAUUCUCUGAUUUUCUUAAAUGAUUUCGAAGCAAUUGGUUAUUGUCUCGCCGCACAAGUCGAUCCUCUGGCGAAUGCAUUAUGUCAAUCAACAAAAACAAUCGUUCUUCAUCAGAAUCCUGCUGAAGAAACUCAUACCGAAACGAAAUCGCCAGUCGCUUGUCUUGGUGCUGGCACCGGUCUAGGCGCAUGUUAUCUUUCACCGGAUGGCUCAGGUCGAUAUCAAGUCCAUCCAUCCGAAGCAGGAAUGACAGAUACCAUUAGUCCGCGAACUGAAGAAGAAUGGGGUUUGUUAAAAUUUCUCCGUCGUCAUCAACCGUUUGUAGAAAUUGAACAGAUUGUUUCCGGUCCAGCUUUUGUUACUAUGUUACAAUUCUAUUCAGAAUAUUACAAUCAACCUUUGCCAUCUCAACUUAAGGAAGAUCUCGCAAAAGUUUCUCUAGAUGAUGCACCGGCUGUUAUCGCUCAGCAUGCUUGUCAUCAUCAAGAUUCAUUAUGUCUUCGAGUUGUUGAUACAUUUCUGGAUUUUUUCGGUCGAACAUUGGGCACAGCGGCUCAGACGUUCCUACCCUAUCGUGGUUUAUAUAUAACUGGUGGUAUUCUACCAAAAUUAUCAUGGCGUUGGCAAAAUAAUCCGGAUAAUCUUCUACUCAAAUCUUAUUUAGAUCAAGGACCGAAAAUGAGUGAGAUUGUCGCACGUGUUCCACUCACUUUAGUCGAUGAUGACGAUUUAGGUUUAAAAGGUUGUCUUUACUUUAUGACUAUUCAUGAUAAUUAA